GAGGGGAGGGGAAGGGAAGGGAAGGGAAGGAAUGAUGGCAUGAAUUCAUGCCCCCUGACCCUCGGCCCUGGCUGUCUCUGUCCUCGUCUCGUCUGCGCAGGGACCAUGCCCAGACAGACAAGCACUUCACUUCACUGCAAUUGACUCGGCCGCAUUCAUGAUCCAUUGGCACCUCUGCUGCUUCCCUCCCUGUCUCCGUCUGGUCCGGACAAGUCGCUCUUCCCCUGCGAUCGUCUCUGUCUUUUUGACAGUAUGAUGGGUGCUCGUUGAAGAGCUCCGUCGACUCCUGCAUGCGUCGAGAUCAGGAAGGAGCUAAAAUGCGAAAUGGGCAAGUGCUGGGGAGAUCCCUGUUACCUUCUGGUCAGAGUCAGGACUUCUGCCACAUUUUUUAUCAUAUUCGAGAAGGAGGCGUUUUCAGAAGGAAAUUGGCUUAUACAACGCCUGCCCUCUAUGAAUGGAGCUCUUCUCUUCUUGGUUGAGAGAUCCAACCAGCAUUGUUCGGUGUUGGGCAGCUGAGUGACGUUCAUUGUCAAGAGUUGAGUUUUGAAUGAACGGAGUUGUUUGCUCAAAUUCAUCUCCCGAGAUGUUAUUAUUUAUCAGAUCAACCUGAUCUGAAUUGUGAAUUCUAACUUGGCAUUAUGGAAGAAUCAAGAGGACUGUUUGAGCUGUCCGUUCAACAGGACGUAUAUCCUGCUCCAAAUGACGACCCAAAUGCCGUAGAUUGGCUGCCACUUUUUGCUGGAUUUAGUUGGCUAGCCUAUGGCGCUCAAUUUAGUGUCGUUGUCCUUAUGGCCCCCUCUCCGUCAAACAAAGGAGAGGCUGCUAUGGGCGGGUUUUUCCAUGAAGUUCUUCUCACCGAUUGUCCAAAGGAGGGUGACAAAGGAAGAGAGUGGGUGACGUGUGUUGGCUGGGCUCCCAGUGGUCCCUCACUUGGAUUGCUUGCAGCAGUGGCAGGCAGACAUUUGUACUUAUUUCGCCCUGAAGGACUUAGUCAAGUUCAGAACUCAAAGCAGAAGUGGCCAGAGGUACCGUUGAGGUGGUUGAAUGUUCAGGUACUUGAACACUGCACUGAAGUCCGUUCUUUUGCGUGGACGGAGUCUGGUGAUGGCCUUCUUUCAGUCGGAUCCGAGAUUGUCAUGUGGCAACAACGUGAAAACACGUGGGAGUGUUUGUGGCGUUCGAAUCUCGAGCAGCCUCAUACACUUUGCGCCGCGUCCUGGUUUGCAAGAGGAAUUGCUGCUACCGCAGAAGGUUGUCCCUCAGGUGCUGUUUCGAACCGGGAGGAUGAUGAGGACCAUCUUGUAAAAGUAUGGUGGUGGGAAGAUGGACAUGAUCUGCAGGUGCUCGAACUUUCUCACCCUGAUCAGCUCAUAUCAGUGCAGUGGAGGCCUUUGAGAGGUUUCACCUUGAGCUCCCAAACCUUCAGGCCUGUUCUCUUGACAUGCUGUCAGGAUGGUGUUGUUAGACUGUGGACGGAGAUAGGCAGUUUUGGUUCGAGGACGGGUUCUGCUGCGGCAGAUCAGGUUUCACCUGGGACCGAGAACCAGUUCAAGCUUGCAUUCUUUGUGAGUGCUGUAAUUGAUGUGAACACGUCGUUGAAAGGUGUUUUAGGACAAGAUAUCUUCAUAUCGUGGCCCGAGGCACGGGGAGGUUUUGCUAGGAAAUCGAGUGUCCCAGGCGAUACCUCAAGUAUCCCACCGAGUAAAAAUAGUGACACGAUUACCAGCGAAUGGCUAGUAGGAGUUGGACCGUCCGGCUCUGUUACACUCUGGUCCGUACAGAGUCUAGACGAUUUGUCACCUUCACGCGGUCAGUUUGUUCAACUUUGGCAGCACAAACCCAGCUUACUCUCCUGCCCUUCUAUACCGUCAGUUGAAUCGAACGUCACUCCUGAAGAUCGUGGAAGGCUUCUGUCCAUGAAAGCAGUGGUGCACAGGCCACAUGGCACACUGUAUGGUCCUCCUUCAUCAGUGGAUGUGUUCGAAAUUUGGUCCGAUAAUCUUCUUCAGUGGUCCUGCAUUUGGCCACCCGUAUCAGCUAUUGGUGGUCGCUCUUCAGUGGCCGGGAUCGUAGCGACAGGAGCAGCCAGUACUGUAGCUUCUGUUGGAAAGUUGAGUGCGUGGGGUGUGUCGAGCGAAGUAAUGCAUUUGGAUGGUCAUAGAGGAACUAUUCUGCAGACCGCAGUCCAUCCUGACGCUGCAAUGAGGUUGGUAGCAUCUUUAGAUGAUUUGGGAACCGUAUUGUUCUGGCUCUCGAGCAGUUCUCCUUCUAAUCCGAGGUUAGAAAUUGCUGGAUAUUCAAAUUCCCUGUGGAAAUUAUCUGGCCGGCUGACAGGUCACUUCGUUAAUUGUGGCGGAUCUUUCCCGUCGAUGGCAUGGGCACCAGUGGCUCCUCCUGGGGCUGAUGCAGUACUCUUACUUGCUCAUCCUCAAGGAGUAGAUUGCUAUUCUAUAUCGGAAAAGGUGAGCUCAACGAAAGGGAAACCGAAAUCAUUCACCAUAUCACACAGCCUGUUAUGCACCCUGGAAUGGCCCUUGCCAGAGAUUGGCCGUACCUUACAGGGAAUCUACACUUCCCCUUCACUGGUUGCCUAUGACGAGAAUUCUCAAGUGCAAAGCUGUGUAGUUGUGGGUGUUGGAGGUAUGGGCAUGCAUCUAGUUUCGUGGAAGGUGGAUAUCAAGGUUUCUCUGUGUCAGCCAACCGAAUCACUUGUAAUCCAAGAGAUAGCCUGUCAUGCGUUGAAGGAAAACAUUUCAGAUAUUUCUUCAGUUUCUUCUUCUAAAGGCGAUGAAGAGGUCGACGAUGCAAAAGAGGCAGCUUCUCCUGAAAUUGCACCAGAAAUUGCACCUGAAAUCGCACCUGAAAUUGAAGAAACGGAGGACAGGCAACGAGAUAAGACUGUGGUAGAAGGCCAUCUCCUGGGGUAUACGACACUGCAGGUCGAGGAGCACGUAAUCUCUAUAUCUGUCUCAACACCUCAACAUAUCUCCUUUGGAUCAUCUGAGGGUAGGAGGAGGACUCUGAGUGACUUUGAGCAGGUAUUUGAUGUUGUCACUGGAUGUGUGGACGGAGUUUUGAGGUUGUGGAAAGUGGGAGUUGAAGAGUUUAGUGAUUUAGGCGACAAGUCUCGGUCCUGGCGAUGUGUCGGUUCCUUGAGGUUGUAUGAUGGACCCGUCACAAGAGUUGCUGUUUGUAAUGGUGGAGCGAAAAUAGCCUCUACAGGUUUGACACGUGAUGGGGUCGAUACAGCUGUUCAUGUCUGGGGUGCCGAUACUUUCAGUGAACAGAAGGGUUUCAGUUUGGAAGGAAGCUUUGUUUUAACAGAGCCCUCAAUUUUCCUUAGCUGGUUGGAAGGCGGAAGUGGGUUGUCAGUACUUGGAGUUGCAACUCAAAGCAGCGUAAAUUUAUUUGCACAGUGCAGAACAAGUGGUUCAGAAUCAAGUACAGGGCUUUCGGAGUGCGGAGUGUGGGCUUGUCUCGCAUCCUCCUCACUGACUGGUAUUACAGCCAGUAGCCUUUCAUGGGAGACUCAAGGAUCCCUGGUAGUAACUUGUGAAGGUCACAUUCUCAUAUACAGCAACUGCGUAUGGACUCCUGAAUCUGCUGAGUUGUGUUCCUCGCCAGAGGAUAUAAGCAACGCCGUUUCGCAUCUCGUCGUUCACGAUGGUUUCUUUCUGAACUUUCCGCGACCGUCUGCAUCGCUACUACCACCUUCUAAGAAUAAGCAAAGUGUGCCGCGAGUGCCUGAAUUUGAGCACGAUCAGGGAAAUGGAUUUUGCAGUAUCUUAGAGGCCGCAGAGAAAAUCGGUUUCUCUGUGCUAGAUUAUCACCCCGCAGCAAUUUUAUCUUGGCUGUCUAGAGGUAACAGAGGUCCUGCAAGAGCGUGCAUCCGUCACCUAGCCAGAUUUUUAAGUCCUUCAACAGAACCGUCGAGUGUUGGAACGUAUGGCAAGGGUUUUACUGCUGCGUCUGAGCGUCCCAAAUUGACAAUACCACGCACACCCCUGAGCAAACUCUUCCUAGAGAAGGAUAAAGUUGGCGAACAGGUGGGAAUACAUAAUGGCAAGACAAGCUUUGGACUGCUUGGUGGUGCUGGAGAAGGAGGUGGCAAUUUUGCUGAAAACUUCUUAUCUACGUAUUCUAAAGAUUCAUUUGCAGACUUCAGCGUUCCGUUGAAUAGUGAGGUCUGGGGAAACGGGCAGGCAACAGAGGCGAAAGGCAACGCAGAGAUUAAAAGUGGAGGUUUACAACCCUUUACAAAGUUAGAAGUCGAAUCGGUAUCCAAAAUACUUAAAGAAAGUGAAGAAGUUCCCGGACUAUCGGACGCAAACGAGAAAAUUCAGCUGUUGGCCCUUAUUGAUGUCUUAGCCGAGAUGGAUGGUGUCAGUCAACCCUCACCGACAGAAAGUCUUGACUAUCCAGGCCAGCGUUUCUGGUUGGCGUAUCGCUAUGCAUUUUUCUAUACCCGGUGGGCGAGAGACUUGCAUUUAGUUGCUGAAGAGCUUGUUGUGGACUCCAAGGCCAUGGCAUGGGCACUUCAGUCUGAGGCGAAGGAUACUCUCGUGGAUCUUUGCCUGCCGAACCAGGCCAGCACGUGGUCUUUCAUGCGUGCAUUAGGGAUGGGUUAUUGGUACACUGACGCAACACUGCUUCGGAAGACGAUGGAAAAAGUUGCUCGGACGCAUUUUUUGGAGAAAAGAGACCCCAAGGACUGCGCCCUUCUCUACGUGGCUUUGGAUCGUCGCUCGGUGCUUGCCGGUCUGUUCAAGCUAAGCAGAGAUCAACGAGAUAAGCCUCUAGCGGAUUUUAUGGCGCGUGAUUUUAAGGAGGAGAAACACAAAGUAGCCGCGUUGAAAAAUGCUUAUGUAUUGAUGGGGAAGCACAGGCAUGAAAUGGCUGCAGCGUUUUUUAUUUUAGGGCAGGAUAUCAACUCAGCAGCAGUUAUCUGUGCAAAGAACAUGGGCGAUCCUCAGCUUGCCCUUACAAUUUGUAUUCUCCUCGAGGGCCCGAAUGGACCUAUUGGACGUGAUAUCAUCUUAAAGUAUGCACUACCGACAGCAAGGAAGGCUGGUGAUGGUUGGCUAGCAAGCUUACUCCAGUGGAUACUGGGCAGAGGGGUUGAGUCUAUCCGCGAGUUAAGAACACAGAAACGCAGCUGUCUGCCGCCAUUUUUGAAGGACAUUAACUCUUCUACAUCCGAAAAUGACUGCUUUGUGUUUCCCCUGGACCCGGAUAUGGGUAGCUAUUGCACAUUGCUCGCUGCGAAACCUCGCAUACGAAGCAGUGGCGAUGCUGGAGAAGCUGAUGAAAUGGCCAAGGUCGCCACAACAAGAUCCGCUUUUGCGCUUAAAAGAAGCGGCUUGUCUCUUCAUGUUCUCGAAUACCUCAAGAAUGUCCAACAUUCCAGCAAGUCUCAAGGGGGAACCAGCUAUAAAGUAACCAGCUACGAUUUUAGUUCAUCAACUGCCUUCGGUCGUUCAUAUCCAGCAAUGGAACUAGCUCUUACGGAUGCUACUGGAAGAGAGGUUGGCCUUGGUUGGGUCUCUGCGGAGGUCGUUGCUGGGCUACAAAGAAAGAUGAGAGCCAGUUUAGCACUGCAAUGUGCUUCGCAACUUCUUCAAGAUCAUCCAUAUUGGGGUGGUCAAGCGUGUGCUGCCUGGCAGGAUCCUGUAAUGUCACAAAUACUUUUGAGGCAAAUCCAACGCACCAAAAGGGCUAGUAGUACAGAUCAGCACAGAGAAAUAGAGGAUGGUUCUGCGGACAGUUUGGAUGGAGAAGGAAAACUUUUAUCGUUCUUGGAAGAAGCAGAUAAGAACUUUGAUAGUGAUAUAAAGCUGCUCGAGAAGAAGUACCAAGUCGAUGUCGAUUGGGUCGUUGCAGCUUUGAGUACUUUUGCUCGUAUACAUCACCGUCCAUACCUUCUUGAUCGACUGGUACAAGGGAUAGGCAUCCUGUCUGAAGUCCCAGAAAGGGAUUUCCACCUGGCGACCAAGGCUGCUUUAUCUGCCUCAGCAGCUCAGUAUCUCCACAGUGCCGGAACUGAGGCACCCUGGGUACUUGCAAGAGCAGUUUUGGCCUGCGGCGGGGCUGCCUCUCCCAUGCUGAGCAAAUUAGAGAUCCUAAAUAAUUCCGGUGGAAAGCUGUCCGUUGGAGAGGAUGGAUCUACCCAUGGUGGAGUUUUAUCUCAGUUCCAAAUGGAAGAGCUCGUACGAUUUGGUGGCGAAGUACAGCGCUUCACGACAGCAGCCAAUCAACAGGACUCACUUAAGGAGAAAGGGACGCGAUUUAUGAAUCUCUUAUCCUUUGUUUUCUUCGUGGCGGCUGCAUGGCUGGGCAGGCAGACUAAGGCCCUUCUUGCUCUCAUUGGUCCAACAGUGGUUGAUCCUUCAGCAGGCCCUGUGGUUCCUUCAAGAGAAUUUGAUGCAGUAACAUGGUUUCGGAAUCUGGAGAGAAAGGGUUCCAGUAGUUUUAGGCAUGUGGCUGGGAAGAAACCCUUAGAACCAUUCGGCUUCAAUAUAGCAGGAAUAGUCAAUAUAAAAUCUGACGAUGCGUGGCGCGUAUUAGGAGUCACACUAUGGACUCACCUGCUAAUUUACAUCAAGAAGCAGUUAACUGGAACUGCAGUUGAAGUGUCGUACAGCAGUUUUGGAAGAGUCUCUUCUACCCACUCCCAACCUCGUCUGAAGACAACCGUCCAGUCCGUUAUCCACACAAAUUCGUCAUCUGCCCCUUCUAGUAAAGGUCCAACAUUUUUGGGCUUCAGUUUCCAGUCGUCCGCUUGGUUUGACUUUAAGUCAAAACUCAGAGACAGCUCUAGUCAACAGCAGUAUGUGAAUGUAGCCAGCAGCAGCAGUAAUGGAUCCCUGGAAAGCGUGUCUACUGUCACUAAGUCGUCUGCAACCUCAGCAGCUGGUGUAACUGCAGAAACUGAUGAAUUUGAUGCCGCUUUGUUAGGAUCUCUUACUUCGAUUGUUGCUGGUCUCCGAAAAGAACUCGGUGCUCACUUACAGCAUACACUAAGGGUGUCCGAUGUAGAACCCUUAAGCCUGUGGCUAUGGGGCAAAUCUUCUCUUGCCGGCACUACAAAGCUCAAUGCAGCUGGAGGCAGUGGCUUACCAAAGGUACUUGGCGCAUCAAGCUCAACUGCAUCGGUGGGAGGGCCUAUUGCCAACAACGGGAUUGUGACCUCAACACAACUGUCGAAUAUGUUCCCAACCGCAGAGAUCGAAAUAGAGGAUGAGGCAUGCAAGGAGCUUUGGCAUAUGUUGGUCGUGCGCGAAAAGGUUUGUUCUGCACUUGGAUUGGAAGGUGUAAGUGGACAGAAAAUCGAGCAGGAGCAAGGCGAGAUAUCUGGAUGGUAUUUUGGACGGAAAGGCUGCGAAUUACCUACGUCAGGCCAGUCAACUGGGAGUGACAGGGAUGUCAACGUCACUGGCAUACUUCCACCUAAGAGGAUCAUGUGGAACACAAACAAGGAUGGAACUUCUAUAUCUUGUGAAGGUGUCGGUGUGAGUGUACAGCGCCAGGAGGCGAGUUCUCAUUCCAGACCUCAGGCAUCAGUGGAAGGUCUUCAUCUAAGUGAAGAGUUUUCUGAGGCUGAUUUUGAGUCUCACUCACCAACAGUCAAGAAGUUUUCCGCCACUCCUUGGCACCCCGGAUCAGACGCAUUGGUGAAGGCAUCAGUGCUGCCCAACCUCCUUAUUAGUGACUCCGUGAGACAAAGAUCUCGCAGAUUCUGAAGUCAGUGGUGAAACAGACUCCAGAGAGUCUUCAAGGAAGUCACCAGAUUGCUGUCUGGCAUUGUACGCCCGUUAAGCAACACUGCAGGACAGCUUGUGAUUACACCCAAAUCAUGACCCAUGACAAGGCACUUUAAGUGAGUACUUGGAGCCGCGAGCUAUUUCAUAAGAAGAAAAUCAAAGAGAGUGCACGUUGGAGGUUAUAUGUACAAUCAAAAGUCAGCACACCCAGGGGAUCAAGUCGCUUAUUGAGGAUUCAUUUAUGUCUAGUUGAAUACUGCACAAAGGCACGUAUGGAGCGUAUUGCUUGAAGACGAUGGUGGAAGUCAGGAGUGCACCAAGCAGCGACAAGGGCUUGGUCGAAGUACCCAGUGAUCUCAGGUUCUGCAUGAUAGUUUCUGUUCGACUGCUUUGGAGCUUUCAUGCUUGUGUAAUGGGCCAAUAUUUCCAAGUCAAAACCGACGUGAGGGCAUCUUUUCGUGGCCAAAGGGGUUCCUCGCACGUCAUCCGAGCAAGUAUAGCCGUGCAUGUUGGGUUGGGGCGAGAGUGAAGACACUCGGUGCAGAAAGUGGGAGGUAUAAGAAAUGGGAAGACCACCUUGUAGGCCAGGGAAGGAUGCUGGAUGAAGACAGUCCGGCAUGUGAAAGUCAAUAAAGUGAAGUAAGUUUGUGCGAUUGAACGCUCAUGGUUUCGGUAUUGAUCCUUGUGGUAACUUUUGUAUUCUUCGAGACCCUUUCAUAGGAUCGAAGUAUCCGAACUAGAACUAUAAGAAGUAUUUACAUUAUGUGAGCAUAACUAAUCGACUGAUUGAAGAUAAUGUGCGGGCAAUGGAAGGCUGAUUCGAAGUGCUGUAAGGUCUUAAUGCCCAUUGCAAGGUCGAGGUUGAACCCAUCUCUCGCAUCAGUAGCUAAACAAAUAACCAGUAUUAUGUAUGAUGAGCAGGAUCAUUACUAUUUUCUGCAAGUGGUACAAUUUAACCACAAGUAAAUGAUGAGUACAAUUUACUUGUGGUUAAAUUGUACUCAUCUUUUCUUCCCUAGUAAUCUGAAAUAAUAUUUGAAAGACACUCAAAUCAUUGAGUUGCUACUCGAUUG